AUGUCGGCAGACAAGAUGGUCGACAUCAUCUUCAGAACGGUUUUGAAAAUCUUGCUGACAACACUGUACAAUGCUGCUCGGCUUGCGAAGUCGAUCGCAUGGGACUGGCCCCCGUUCAAGAUCUUUCUUACCUUCUACUUGGCCUAUGUCUAUCAUAAUCAGAUCGAAACCUACCUCGCUAUCACGAGCAGCUGGGUCAAAGCUUUUGUCUUCCUGUUUGUCUUCAAGUUCCUGAAAGUGGUGAUCCACACGGCAUCUUUCCUGCUCUACCGUCCAUAUCCUAUUCCAUGGGAUUCUACCAUUACACCCCAAGAUGUUACUGUUAUCAUACCCACCAUCGGUGCUAUUGAUGAGGAAGAUUUUCGAGAAACCCUCAAAACUAUCCUCCUGAACAAGCCGGCCGAAAUCAUCGUCUGUACCGUUGGAUCGAAGAAGCGCUCCGUCGCCGAGCGGGUGUGCGCAGAGAAGCUCGCGAAGGCCCAAAACCGCCGACCAACCAAUACCCUCGUCCGCGCGACUUCGAUCGAGGUAGCCUCGAAGCGGGAACAGAUCUUCAAGGCCAUACAGCGAGUCGAGACCCCGAUUAUCGCGCUCGCAGACGACCAUGUCUUCUGGCCAGAGAACUACCUCAAGGCUGCCCUCGCUCCGUUCGAAGACCCUGCGAUCGGGGGAGUCGGCACGAACAAGAGAGUCCUCCGCGAUCCGUUCGAGUUCACCUGGGCGAAUUUCUUGAACUUCAUCGCCUGCUUGUACCUUGAGCGCCACAAUUUCGAGUGCACGGCUUCGGCAAACAUCGACUCUGGGGUCUUCGUGCUUUCUGGACGAACCGCCUUCUACCGGACCUCGAUCUUCAAGCAUCCGCGCUUCGAGGAGGAAUACUUGCAUGAGACGUGGCUCUAUGGACUUGUUGGAAAGCAUGGACUCAUGGUGGAUGAUGAUAACUGCUUGACCAGAUUCACGGUUGGUGUUGCCAAGUACAAAGUCUGGUUCCAAAACUCGGUUGACAGCACCAUGUGCACUACGCUCGGAAGACCCGAUAUCUUCUUCAAGCAGAUGGACCGAUGGAUCCGUACCACCUGGCGAUCGAACACCACCAGCCUUUUCUCCGACCAAACACCCUGGAAAGCCCAGCCGUGGUCCGUCUAUGCUGUGUAUCUCUCCAGCUUCGUCAAUAUUGCUCUCCUCUACGAUUCGGCGCUGCUCAUCACUCUGUGGUUUAGUCUGCGCAGCCUCGAGACCGCCAGCGAGACUGUCCCUCGACCACGACACUGCCCCGGGGACCCGGCUAUCAGAUACCAUCCUAAGGAGCUCUCACUCAACACGUCAGCCUGCCCAGAUCUCGCCAGCACCAGCAAAUUUGCCGCGAUGGGUUUCUUGGUCCUGGUCCUGUUCUUGUCAAAGAUGAUCAAGCCGUUCCCUCAUUACUGGCGUAACCCGAAGGAUAUGCUUUGGAUUCCUGGUGGGAUCUUGUUUGGGUACUACCACAGCCUGAUCAAGUUCAAGGCUUUGUGCACGGUAUGGGUGGUAUCCUGGGGAACAAGACCUGGCGUGCAGUAA